UAUUAGUUGUCCCGGCAAGCUUUGCGCUUUCUUUUUUUUCCGCCUCCUGUCCAAAAUGUCUAAGCGAGGACGUGGUGGUUCAUCUGGCGCGAAAUUUCGCAUUUCACUUGGUCUCCCCGUGGGAGCUGUUAUCAACUGUGCAGAUAAUACAGGGGCCAAGAAUCUGUAUAUAAUCUCAGUGAAAGGAAUUAAGGGGCGUUUGAAUAGGCUGCCAGCUGCUGGUGUGGGGGACAUGGUAAUGGCUACUGUCAAGAAAGGCAAGCCGGAGCUGAGAAAGAAGGUGCAUCCAGCAGUAGUGAUUCGUCAACGGAAAUCAUACAGGAGAAAAGAUGGGGUAUUCUUGUAUUUUGAAGACAAUGCAGGAGUGAUAGUAAACAACAAAGGAGAAAUGAAAGGCUCUGCUAUCACAGGCCCUGUCGCCAAGGAGUGUGCAGAUCUGUGGCCCAGAAUUGCUUCCAAUGCUGGCAGUAUCGCAUAAAUAUAUUUUGUUCUUUGUAAAAAUCAAAUAAAAAUGGUUGGCUCAAACUUC